AUGGCAGAGGUCAUUGAUUGUAAUUUUCCUGUUUGGGGUCUUUUACCUAAAAAAGAAACUGGUGUCACUCAAUUUCUUGCAAAAUAUCCUGAAUAUGAUGGAAGAGGAGUCAUCAUUGCAAUUUUCGAUUCAGGGAUUGAUCCUGGAGCUCCUGGUAUGCAGGAAACUUCAGAUGGGAAGCCAAAAAUUAUUGAAAGAUAUGACUGCAGUGGAGCUGGAGAUGUGGAUACCAGCAAAAUUGUACAAGCACCUGAUGGAUAUAUAAUAGGGAUAACUGGUCGUAAAUUAAAGGUUCCAUCCAACUGGAAAAAUCCUUCUGGACAGUAUCACAUAGGAGUAAAAAAUUUGUAUUCACUAUACCCAGGAAAAUUAAGAGAAAGAGUAUUAUUAGAAAGAAAAAAGCGAUCAUGGGACACAUGUCAAAAAUCUGCACUUGCAGAAGCAUCUAGGCAAUUACAAGAAUUUGAAGCAAAGAAUCCACAAGUAAACAGUUUAAAAGAAAGGCUAGAAAAAGAAGAACUUGAAGCUAGAGUUGAAAUAUUAAAUAACCUGGAGAAAAAAUACUCUGAUGUAGGACCUACUUAUGACUGUAUUGUUUUUCAUGAUGGUGAAGUUUGGAGAGCAUGCAUUGACACUUCUGAGGAAGGUAACUUAGAAGCUGGUGUCUUUCUAGGCGAAUACACUUUGACAAGGGAAUAUGCACCCCUUAUACCAGAAGAUCAAUUGAAUAUUAGUAUUAAUGUUCACGACGAUGGAAAUACGUUAGAAAUCGCUGGUUUAUGCUCAAGUCACGGAACGCACGUAGCUUCAAUUGCAGCAGCGUAUUUUCCCGAUAAUCCUGAAUCAAAUGGUGUAGCUCCUGGUGCUCAAAUUAUUUCAUUAGGUGUCGGAGAUGGCCGCAUCGGUACAAUGGAAACAGGAACUGCAAUAAUACGUGCAAUGAUACAUGUAAUGAAACACAAAGAGAAAAUACAUGUAAUUAAUAUGAGUUAUGGAGAACAUCCUCAUUGGUCUAACACUGGGAGAAUAGGAGAAUUAAUGAAUGAAGUUAUCGAUAAAUUUGGUGUAACAUGGGUAGCAUCUGCUGGUAAUCGUGGACCAGCUUUGUGUACUAUUGGAACACCACCAGAUAUUAGUACUAACAGUGUGAUUAGUGUUGGUGCCUAUGUUUCUCCUGAUAUGAUGGUAGCUGAAUAUUCUUUAAGAGAAAAAAUGCCGGGCAUGUCAUACACGUGGUCAUCUCGAGGUCCAAUGAUCGAUGGUGGAGCCGGAAUUACCGUAUGUGCUCCAGGAGGAGCUAUAACUAGUGUUCCCAAUUUUACAUUAAGAAAAAGUCAACUCAUGAAUGGCACAAGCAUGGCUGCUCCUCAUGUUACUGGAGCUAUUGCACUACUUAUGUCAGGACUUCUUGCCAAAGGUUAUCCUCUGUCUCCAUAUAGCAUAAAAAGAGCACUUGAAAAUACAGCUCUAUAUAUACAAAACCUAGACCCUUUUGCACAAGGGUCAGGGCUAUUACAAGUCGAACGUGCAUUCGAUAAUCUUCUUACUUACAAUAACGUACCUGAAAGGGAUAUAAGAUUUACCAUUAACUGUGGUCCAAAUAACGCCAAAGGAAUCCACAUGAGAAGCGGUGUUAUUGAUCGAUCAAAAGAUUAUGCUAUUAAUGUUGAACCUGUAUUCCUUAAUAGCGAAAAUACUGAUCCUGCAGUUAAAAUUGCUUUCAAUUUGAAAUUAACUUUGGUAUGCGAUGCACCUUGGGUACAUUUUCCAACACAUCUUGAUUUAAUGAAUAUGGUUCGCGCAUUUGCUAUUAAAAUUGAUGGAUUUAAUUUACCCGAAGGUGUUCAUACAACUAGUGUACGAGCGUAUGAUGUAACAGACGUUGCAAAAGGACCAGUGUUCCAAAUACCAAUAACUGUAGUGCAGCCACAAACACUGCCAAAAACUGCGGUCCUUCCAGACUUAGCAUAUACAAAUGUCUUAUUUAAACCGAAUACAAUUCGUCGACAUUUUAUUCUCGUUCCUGAAGAUGCAACAUGGGCGGUGGUUAGAUUGAAGAGCACAGAAAAAGAUAAAACUGGAAGAUUUGUGAUUCAUAGCGUUCAACUGAAACCACGUUUAUCCUGUAAAACUCUUGAAGUUAAUAAGUUGUUCACUGUUACUUCUCAAUCAGAAAUUGUUCAUCCAUUUGCUGUUCAGGGAGGAUUGAUCUUAGAAGUGGUCAUCGCGAAAUAUUGGGCAAACAUAGGUGACAUGUUAGUGGAUUACUUCAUUGAAUUUCAUGGUGUUCAUAUCAUAAAUGGGAAUCUUACAAUGCAAUCUGGAGAUGGAAUAAAUCGCUUAGAAGUGCGAAGUUCUCUUAGAAACGAAGAAGUAGUGCCCAGUAUUUGCCUUAAAUCAUCCGUACAAAUAUUGAAACCCACUGACGCAAAGAUCGCUCCUUUACGAGACCGAGAUAUUAUUCCUCCUUCACGACAAAUUUAUGAAUUGCAAUUAACAUAUACGUUCCACUGUGCAAAGGCGACUGAAGUAACUCCAAAUGCCGCGCUGCUUAGCGAUUUAUUAUAUGAAAGUGAAUAUGAUAGUCAGAUGUGGAUGAUUUAUGAUACUAAUAAACAACUUAUUUGUUGUGGAGAUGCGUACCCAUCCAAAUAUGCUAAUCAAAAAUUAGAGAAAGGCGAUUAUACUUUGAAAAUACAUGUACGUCAUGAAAAGAAAGAUUUACUUGAUAGAUUAACGGAAAUGCCGUUCCUUUUAAGUCACACACUAAGUAAUCCAAUUAGUCUAGAUGUAUAUGCCAGUCAGUCACAAGCCAUUAUCGGUGGCAAGAAAAUGAUAGCAGCUUCAGUCCCACCUGGCCACAUUCUUCCUUUGUAUAUUGCUCCUUUAUCGAAUGAAAACAACGCUGAAAACAAAGUUUCCAGAGGUGCUGCCUUAGGAAAUGUUAGUUACUUACAGGGUACACUGACCUUCUGUAAAGAUGAUAAUGGAAGGAAGGUGGAUUUCCAUACGUUUAAAUAUAUUUUAUCUGAACCAAAUAAAAAAUCUAGUAGCAGCAGUAGUAGCAGUAGUCCCUAUCAUUCAUCAAACAAAGAAAAAACUACUAAGUGGGAUGAAUACAAUGAAGCACUCAGGGAUUUCAAAUGCAGUUGGCUUACAAAGCUGGCGCCUUCUACGAAACCUGGAGAAUAUGCAAAUCUACUCUAUGGAGAAUUAAAGAAUCUUUUUUCUGACCAUCUGCCCGUUCACACUGCCAUGCUGAUUUCUUUGGACUCACCUGAAGCUCGACGUCAUGUACCACACGAUGACAUUUCAGAAGAAUCUGUUUCUCUAGCAAAUCAAAUAAUAACUGUCGCAGAUGCCGUGAUUACAAAUAUUGAUCAAGAUAAGCUCUUAGCCUAUUAUGGUUUAAAAAGCGAUCAACGUGAUGAUGCAGCAAAAAUUAGAACCACUAUGGAGAAACAGAAACUUAGCUUGAUAAAAGCAUUAGUAAAGAAAGGAUGUGCAUUAGCGCGAUUGUACGUACAUAGUGCAAAAAAAGGAGAGGGAGAUCGUCAGUCAUAUGAACAUUUAUUAGAGAGUGUAACACAUCACUGGCAAGAAGUACAAAAAUUCGCUGAACCAACUGACAUUAAGGUCAUUACUCUCUCACUGUGGCAUGCUCACAUUAAUAAUCAUUAUGGUCGUUAUUUGAAAUUAUUGUUGCGUUAUUACGAAGACAACCCAUUAAAAGAAGUUGAUGAGAAAUGUAUAGAACUUGCAAAUAUCUUAGGAUGGGAACAUUUGUCACGUCACAUUAAGACAAGUAUACCGUCGCGCUAUCCUCCUUCGUACAGAUCGUUUUGAUCAAUGGUACAGAGGAAUCAAUUUGAUAUUCUGAUAAUGGAAACUAAUCAUGGCGAACAGUUUCCAAUGCAUCUCUAUGCCAGAACUAUUUCUGUUGAGUCAUUCAAGUGUAUUAUACACUUAUAAAUAUAUACUUGUGUUCAUACUUUUAAAAAAGUACGAAAAAAUGAUUUUAGAAAAAUAUAUUAAUUUUUAAACGUAAGAAAUUAAACAUAAGAAAUUAUAUUACUAAAAGUACCGCUGUUUUAAUAGUGCAUUUUUAUGGCGUUUAUUGCAUUAAAAGAGAAAGAAGCGCCAGAAUAUCAUGGAAACUGUUAUCAAUUUAGAAAUUAAAGUUUUUAAACAAUAA